UCCUGAUUAAAAUUUGAUUAUGUUUGAGUCCGUUUUUUCUAUAAAAUUCAUAUUUUAUUAUCACCAGACAAUCACAUUUAAACUAGGCUAUUUGUUACAGCUGUAACAGAAGGUGUGUGUGUGUGUGUUAUAAAUUAGGCAGUGAUUGGAUUGAGAGAUAAAUUUCGUCUUAACGGCAAUGAGUGGCUAAAAAUAAUAUUUUGGUUUGUAUUAAGGUAUAUAUCUUUUUUUCUCCUGUUGCUGCUUGUCACGUGCAUAGUAGGCACCAAAUGCUGAGUUGCCAGCAAGAAAGGGGAAAUGGGUCUUGCAUUUCCUUGCAUGAGUUCAUUCGGCUUCCUCCCCCACAAAACACUCAGCAUUUCGUUUGUGUCCUAAUCCAAGGUCUGUGCUAAAUGACGUCCUUAAGGACAAUUGGCAGGACACCAGGGAGAUUAAGGAGGCUGGCUCAAGUACCUGACACAUCAAAUAGCUCCCUGCCCUCAUUUGCCCACCUAAGGACAGGACACACAAGAUAUCCUUGUUUCGCCAAGGACCGACUGGACUGACAUAGUGGUGACCAUGUACCUUAAUAUACCGGAGGACGACUGGCUAAUCAAUGUGUCACAGCCGGCCAGAAUCAUCAGAUUGCAAUUGAGUCUGUUUUCUUGGAGUCUUCCUUCCUGUCCUGGACUUACAUUGUGUUGUGCCAGUGACUUCCUGCCUUUUUAAAAACGUUGUCCACAUGGAUGCUCAGGGGGUCCAGCUGUGGAGACAGAUGCAUGAACGCCGGUCUACCAUUAACGUUCUGGCCUUUGGUAUUUUGGCAGAUGCGACGGAUGACAAAACCUUUCCUUUUUCCCAGCAAACUAGCGUCAAGGCGUGGCACUCCAUGGAAUGUCUGGACAGCCCCUGCACCAGAGGAAAGCGAUCCAAACCAGGAGAGAGACUGCAGCAGACAGUUAAUGUAAAUGUUGGCGGUAAAGUGUUUAACAUCCCCAGGGAGCUGGCCAUGAAAUAUCCCCAAACACGGAUCGGGUCUUUGGCCAUCUGCACGGACCGCUCAAAGCAACUCAGUUUGUGUGAUGACUUUUCUGUAGUGAGCAAUGAGUUCUUCUUUGACCGCGAUCCGGCCUUCUUCCACUACAUCUGUCAUUUCUACACCAGCGGGGUUCUUUGGGUGAUGAGGGAGAUCUGUCCCGUCAACUUUGAGGAAGAGCUGGAUUACUGGGGCGUGAGCUUGCGAGACACCCAGCGCUGCUGCCGCAUAAUGUUUGAGGAGAAGGUGGAUGAGUUGAGAGACAACAUGAAGGUGGAGAGAGAGUUGAUGGCGGAGAUCGAUGUGAGUGAUGACCUGGACGGCUACGAGGACAUGGUCUUCGGGGUCACUCGCAAGGCACUCUGGGUCUUUCUGGAAAACCCCUUCUCUUCGCCAAAGGCCAAAGUCUUCGCUGUAAUCUCCAACCUGUUUGUGCUCCUAUCCAUCGGGGCGUUGACCCUCAACACUGUGGAGGACAUGAAGAGCUUCGCCAUCUAUGGCAAAACGUACAUGGAGUGGGUAGAGACCGUCUCCAUCGUGUUCUUCACCGUGGAGUACGUCCUCCGCUUCGCCUCAACCUGUCAACGUGGACAGUUUUUGAGGAGCACCCUCAACUUUCUGGACUUUGUGGCGGGCAUGCCUUACUUUGUGCUCAUCGUGUUUGAGGCUUACAACGACGUGGAGGAAGAAGCAGAAGAAGAAGACUUCAGGGCCGUUGCCGAUGUCUCCGGGCUCGACCAGGUCCUCAAUGUGGUGAAGCUCAUGCGCGUCUUUCGCAUCCUAAAGCUGGCUCGCCACUCCACCGGGAUGCGGGCGUUUGGCUUCACCCUGCGCCAAUGCUACCAGCAGGUCUGCUGCCUUCUCCUCUUCAUCGCCAUGGGCAUCUUCACCUUCUCCGCUCUGCUGCAUUCGGUGGAGCGAGACACGCCCAACUCGCCGUUCAGCAGCAUCCCUGAUGCGUGGUGGUGGGCCGCAGUGAGCAUCUCCACAGUGGGCUACGGUGACGUGGUUCCAGUGUCCAUCCUGGGACGCUUCGUGGCCUUCGCCUGCAUCUCCUUCGGCAUCAUCCUCAACGGGAUGCCCAUCUCCUUCCUCUUCAACAAGUUCUCCGACUACUACGCCAUCCUGAAGGCCCAGGAGGACAGCACCUUCAUCAGGCGGCGCUUCCGCCUGAAGGAGCGACUAGGAGACAAAGUGGCGGCGUGCUUCCAGGCGGCGGUGGUAGACGACGGUGGGUACGAUUGCCCGAACUGAGGUUUUCCCAACAUGGACCUGCCGAGAUUCCUCCUGUUUAAGCUAAACUAGAGACGUUCAACUUGAAAGAAGAAACCAUAGCCAAAUCACGCUGAACCCCGUCGUCUUUGCAUAGGCCUUGGGGUUUGAUAUUACUCCAUUAGUUAAUCAGUGCUAGAGCUGCUGAAUGAAAAUAUAAACAGGGGAUCAAUGUUCAAAUGUUCAUCUCAUAAACAUGAAAACAAUUGUAAAACAUACAUACAGAGCUGAAUUGAAAGUCAUGUGCUCAAUCAGCUGACAUUAGGGAACUGCAGCAGAUGUCUACACAAAGAGGCUGUCUGUGGUUUCUUCGGGACUUCAUGAUUUCUUGCAUUCAAAAUAAAUACACUACAGGUGGUUGCAUACCUUCUU